UUGCACCCCACUAGCAACAUCGACCUAAAGGGCAAGACACUAGUUCUCCCAGUCGUGUCCACUGCCAAUGUCGCUCAGCUAGCGGUCGAUCUGCUCAUCGCUUCGCUCCAGCUGGAGCGCAUAGGGAUCUUCGACUCCCUAUAUCUAGUUCCAGUUGUCGGGAGUGCCGAGUCCGGACAGGGGGUCUGCACUCCUUUGGAACUGUACGGCACGCCGGGAUUGGACGUCGUAUUCGCGCAGCAACGAUCUCCCGUCCUAAAGUCACAAAAAGCGGAAUUCGUCUCCGCGUUUUCCGACUUCAUUCGCACUUCUGGAAUCGCCGCAACCCUGGUCCUCUCCGGCGUGGACUUGUCGAACCGAACGGACUCACAGAUGAUCACACCCACCUACCAGCUGUCCAGACCUGAUGUCUCAACGACGCCCUUGGCCCGUCUCGCAUCACUUCCUCUGCCGAAAUACACCUCUCCGGUUCCGCAUCGUCCGAUGGAUGAGAAUCAGGCCCAGAUUCCGUUCAUCCCCGGCGGAAGUCUCACACGGCGGAUAUUAGACAGGUUCUGGGACGACCAGUCUUUGCCAACAGCAGCAGCGAUCCUUCAAUUCGCACUGGAAGGCGACAACAGAGCUGAUUCAGCGAUGUUGGCAAGUGCUGUAGUCGCCACGUUGGAUCUCAAGGUUGCAGGAUUUGUCGAGCCAGCAAGCUGGAAACAAGGUCUCUUUGGUGCACCUCCCAUUCCAGACGAAACAUUGUAUGGGUAAUAUUAAAAAUUCAUCUUGUACAGUAAAACACAGCCUGAUUACAGAAAAAACAUCGAAAAC